AUGGAAGUAGGAAUGGCCUUUCGUGAUUACAAUGGUAGAAUUAGCUCGAUGGAUUUUCAUAAGACAUCAAAUUAUUUGGUGACUGCUAGUGAUGAUGAGUCCAUACGCCUUUAUGACAUUGCUAGUGCAACAUGUCUAAAGACAAUCAACAGCAAGAAAUAUGGGGUCGAUCUAGUUAGCUUUACCUCUCACCCAACAACUGUUAUCUACUCCUCAAAGAAUGGAUGGGAUGAAUCACUGCGACUUCUUUCGUUGCAUGAUAACAAAUACCUGAGGUACUUCAAGGGUCAUCACGACAGGGUUGUUUCCCUUAGUCUCUGCCCUAGAAAAGAUUGUUUCAUUUCUGGAUCUCUUGAUCGAACGGUUUUACUUUGGGACCAAAGAGCAGAGAAAUGUCAGGGUCUUCUACGUGUUCAAGGGAGACCAGCAGCAGCCUAUGAUGAUCAGGGGCAUGUCUUUGCUAUUGGUUUUGGAGGAUACAUAAGAAUGUUUGAUUCUCGCAAAUAUGAAAAGGGUCCUUUUGACAUAUUUUCUCUUGGGGGAGAUAUUUCGGAAGCUAAUUGUAUGAAAUUCAGUAAUGAUGGAAGACUUAUGCUUUUAACAACAUCAAAUGGGCAUAUUCAUGUGCUUGAUUCCUUCCGUGGCACUCUUUUGUCGACAUUUAAUGUCAAAGCUGUUUCAAAUAACUCUACUUUGGAGGCGUCUUUUAGCCCUGAGGGAACAUUUGUCAUAUCAGGUUCUGGGGAUGGUAGUGUCUAUGCUUGGAGUGUUCGCAGUGGCAAAGAGGUUGCCAGUUGGAUGAGUACUGAACCUGAACCCACAGUGAUCAAAUGGGCUCCUGGAAGCUUAAUGUUUGUGACUGGUUCUUCUGAGUUAUCCUUUUGGAUUCCAGACUUGUCUAAAUUAGCAGCUUAUGUUGGAAGGAGAUGA